GCCUUCAGUCACUGCUGCUUUCAGUAAACAUGUGCCGUUUCAAAUCGAGCGUGGCUUGCUGCCUUCUCUACUUUCAAAACGUCCACACAUAUCAUAAACAAUUGAGAGGAUAAGCCAGAUAUAGACAUUACAUCUUCCCCAGUGAUCAAUCAGCUAGUUAUCCAGCAUAUACUUGCUGCUCUCUCGUGAGAAGAACAUGUUUGUUGAAGAAGAGGAAUGGAAUGAUGACCCCGAUGCUGAAGCUCUAACGCGCGCUGUCAUCCGUGGCACUGAACGAGUGGACAGCACGGAUAUUACGCCAAAGGGGGCUGGUAAGAAGAGCCUAUUGCGGACCCUCCAGGCGCUGGGGUCAGUGCCCACCUGGACCAAUGGCUCCAUCCGAGAGGGCAGCGACAGUGACAGUGAGGAGGGCCCCUCCACCUCCAAGAGGAAGAAGAAGAAGAGGAAUAAAAAGCGAAAGAGGGCUCGAGCAGCUGGGGACGAGGGAGAGGAGAUGGGAACACAAGAGGGUGAGGAGGUAGAUCCCUGGGCAGUCGUACCAAUAAAGAAACAAAAGAAACAACCCAAGGCAGCAAAAUCCACAACUAAAGUAAAGCCAGAGCAUGUGAGUGACAAGCAGAACAAGGCUUCACUUCCGGGGGAGCAGGAUGACAGUGGAAAUACACUAUCCCGACAGCAGUGGAGGAACAAAAUGAAGAUGAAGAAAAAGUCCAAGAACAAGUUCCUGUCACAUGACGAAACUGCGGCAGGCGCUAAGAAGGCGGACCCAAAACCACUGGAGCUGGACGGCAAGACGGCGGUGGGGUCUUCCGUCCCAAACAGAAAGGAAAAAACUGUCCUGGCGCGAACUCUGAAAGCUAAAAACCAAGCGCAAAAGCAGGACGAGAGCAAAGCGCAGAAGCGGGUGAAGCCGGCGGAAAGGAAAGGGGAGAGCCGCGUCAGUCUCGCAGACACUCAACCUGGCGCAAACAAAAAGCAGCGGAAAAACAAAAAAGCAAAGCUCAGGGAGGAAUCGCCAGGAAUUACGGAAUCUCUCAGCAAAGCUACAGAGCCAGAGGAGAGUGUGCCCCAGACAGAGGCAGAGGAGAAGGGCCCUGGGCUGGAAGUGCAGGGGAAGCUGCAGCAGAGCAAAGACAAGAGAAUGCUAGCGGAGAAGCGAAUGCUAGCGGAGAAGCUACGCCGGAUGCUCCACAGCGACGGCUCCAGCAGCAAGGGCCGAUCCACCGGGGAGGAGGAGGAGAAAGGGAAAGAGAGGGAGGGAGAGGAAGAGGACGGCACAGGUAAGACCAAGGCGGAAGGGACCGUCCUGGAUCGCUCGGCCAUCCUGAGGUCCAAGAUGGAGCAGCGCCUGGAGGCGGCCCGGUUCCGCUACAUCAACGAGCAGCUGUACACCUCCACCAGCCGCGAGGCCAGGCGCAUUUUUUCCCAGGACCCACAGGCCUCUGGGAUCUACCACCGCGGCUACACCGCGCAGGUUCAGCGCUGGCCAGCCAACCCCGUGGACGCAAUCAUCUCCUACAUCAAGCACAAGCCUGUCUCCUUGGUGGUGGCAGACUUUGGCUGUGGCGACUGCAAGAUUGCGCGCAGCGUGAAGAACAAGGUGCACAGCUUUGACCUGGCACCAGUCUGCGACCUUGUCACCGUCUGUGACAUGGCCAAUGUCCCUCUGCGUGAUGCCACUGUGGACAUCGCAGUGUUCUGUCUCUCCCUGAUGGGGACCAACCUGGGGGACUUCCUGUCCGAGGCCAACCGUGUGCUGGUGAUGGGGGGCGUGCUGAAGAUCGCGGAGGUGGCGAGCAGGUUCGACAACCUGCGCAACUUCAUGGGGUCGCUCACAGGCCUGGGGUUCAAGCUGGUCACAAAGGACACGGAGAGCAGCCACUUCUACUCCUUCGAGUUCGUGAAGACGGGAGACACGCCGGAGAGCUACCGCAAGGCUGGGCUGGAGCUGAGGCCCUGCGUCUACAAGAAGCGGUGAGCGGCCCAGAGCGGCCCUGAGCAGCCACGGCGAGGAAGACAGGAUAUAAAGGAGAGAGAACGGAGGGAGGAGAGAAGGGAGCGGCGGAGGAGAACACGGCUGUCUGAAGCUGAUCGCGUGACAGACGUUAAACCCGCCUGACUCCCAGCAGUUCCUCCCAGAACCAGGCAGCAACACAGAGAGGCCGAUUCAAGACAUGUUGCUUAGCCCGAUCUUUGACAAAUUUUCUGUAAUGGACCUAACCUACAGCUUUAAUUUUGAUGCUUAAAAAAGGACAGACUGUUUACAGCUGAUUUUUGAAUCACCCCAGGAUUCCUACAUGCGAACGUGUACUAUUUUCACACUUUUUAUUUGUUAUUAAUAUCAUUGGUAUUGUGAUUUUCAAAAAAAAUAGUUUUUAAAUAAAGAGCUGUUAUUGAAAGAA